ACAUUCAAUUACUUAAAACAUUACGUUUUCAUAUAUAUUAUACACGUGUUUGUGAUUUGUUGUCAAAUAAUAAUAAUUAUUAUUAAUAACCGAUUUUUUUCUAAUCGGUAACCAAUUCAAGCGGUCGGUCACUACUAGACUACACUACCCGUACGCGCGCGCGAUGGCCGUCACCAACAAUAACACUACUAACGGUUUGAAACGCCAAUCCAGCGACCAAUUGAUGCCAUUUGUUGUCGGCAACAAAAAGCCGAAAUCCAAUGACCAGCUGUCGCUGUUGUCGGCAAUCGAUGACCACUCGGAACUGUUGACCGCCAAAAGGACUUCGGCUCUGUUGGCGCCGAUAAUGCUAUUGACUGGACACCGGAGCGAAGUAAACAGUGUGGCCAUUCAUCCCGACGGCAAUACACUUUGUUCGGCCGGUUUUGAUCGUGAAAUUUUCUUGUGGAACACUUACGGCGAAUGCGAUAAUUACGGAGUUCUUGGCGGACAUAAGGGAACCAUACUUGAUGUCCACUAUUCAAGCGAUGGCGACCAACUGUUCAGCGCAUCCACCGAUAAAUCCGUACAGAUAUGGGACUCGCGUACCGGCGCUCGUAUCCGAAAACUGGCAUCUCAUCAAUCGUUUGUCAAUUGUUGUCAUCCGGCCCGACGCGGAUCGCAUAUGUUGUGCAGCGGUAGCGACGACUGUACGGUCCGGUUGUGGGAUACCCGAAAAAAAGGUCAGAUAUCGUUUCAUAAGAGCCAAUAUCAGGUUACGGCCAUUACGUUCAACGAAUCGGCCGAUCAGAUCAUAUUUUCGGGUAUCGAAAAUAUAUUGAAAGUCUACGAUCUCCGGAAAAAUGAUGUUUUAUAUACAAUGGCCGGUCAUUUUGAUACCGUUACCGGACUAGCUCUUAGUCCUGAUGGCAACUUUGUAUUAUCUAAUUCUAUGGAUAAUUCACUUUGCAUUUGGGAUAUACGUCCGUUUGCACCGCAGGACCGGUGCAUCAAAACACUGACCGGACAUCAGCACAACUUCGAGAAAAACCUGUUGCGAUGCAAUUGGUCACCGGAUGGUACAAAAGUAACGGCCGGAUCGGCCGAUCGUUUUGUCUACAUAUGGGAUGUCACACAUAAACGACUGCUUUACAAACUUCCCGGCCAUUUGGGAUCAGUUAACGAUAUAGUGUUUCAUCCCACUGAACCAAUUGUACUAUCCGGAUCAAGUGAUAAAAAUUUAUAUUUGGGUGAAAUCGAUGCCUAACUGAACUAACUAACUCUCAACAAUAUAUUAUUAUAAAUA